AUGGAAAUGUUAAGUCGAACGAUGGUCUUGACGCCAGCACAAAAGAAGUGCCAUUUCCAACGUGUCCAUUUAGGAGGACUUCCAGGUAUAUAAAGUACCAUAGCACAAUGAACUAUCGCGUCACUCUGUCUUGGAUCGUUUCAGCAGAAGGCCGGUUUGCUCUUCGAAUACGAAUAACGGAUUAUUCGCAAUCUGGACGCGGCAUUCGCGUUUUAAGUGGCCGCAGUUCUCCACUUCUCCUCGAUCGUUUCGGUUCAGUUUUACGAUCGGACGUUCGACGUGUUCGAAUUUGAAAACAGAGGUAAGAGGAUACGAUUUAAAUUCAGCAUCGUUUACUAUCGCGCAUUUGACUCGACUUAUUUUGAAUUCCAUUUGAUUGAAAUUUAUUUAGAUAGAAAUUCGAACGUGAAUACUGUCACUGUGUUCGACUCUUCUCAUCGUAUUAUAAUUUCUUCUAUUUAUUUCAACAGACAGAUCGUAUCAUAAGGAUUAUUUUUCUUCUUUAUUUUGUCGUUGCGACGUGUUUUUACCGUGGUAUUUAAAAAAAAAAGAAAAGGGCUUUACAACGUUAAGAUUAUAUUUCACGAUGCAUAUGUUAUGUUAAAUUUACAUUUUUACAUCUUUGUACAGUGCGUACGUCUCGUUUUAUGAUUUAUAGAGAUACAGAUAUGUAGAAAUUGAAUGGCUAAUAAAAAUUUAAUAGUUGCCGCUUUGUGCUUCGAGGUAUAGUGGAAAAGACGAUUUAAAUUCUCUGCCUGGUAUCGUCUAUUACGUCCGUAGUCUAUAGAAAAGACACGAUAGAAUAAUUGCCGAUUAUUUCGCCGUAUUUUCUUGCCUAUUGUAUCGUCAUUGUAAUAUAAAACUUGAAUUGAAGACCCGAGUUCCGGCGUUAUAAUUGUAUAACUAUAAUUUUCGAAAUAAUCCAAAAAAAAAAAAAAAAAAAAAAUAAUAAACCAAAAGAAAAAAAUAGAAAUAAUAGAAAAUAAUAAAAUGAAAAUGAUAUAAAAAUCAAGACAGAAAAGGCAAAAAUUAACGCUGCGUGAAAAAAAGUUGUUUUUGACUUACAUUUCGAGACACAGUGUACUCUUACCUCUUCAGGGCAUUUGAUCAACUCUUUCGCAAGACAUUUUAAGCCUGACACACUUAUGUACGAAAUAAAAAGUCAAUAAUAAAAUAUCGAAAUCAAUUUAGAAAAAUUUGAUACUGUCAGAACUAUUUUCACAAAAUAGAUAUAUAUUAAAUAAUUAGUAACAUGUCUAUUUUGAUAAAAUAUUUAUAUAUAAUUUAUUUAUAUUAUAUACUAAUUGGAUUUUAUUUUAAUUUAAAACAAUUAAUUUGCAAUUAACAGAUAUUUAAUAAAUCUGGCCAUUAGAAAUAAUGUUUAUUAUUAUAUUUUAAUUUAAAAAAUUAAUUCUCUUUAUCAGACAUCUAAUGAAAAAUUAAUAAAUUAACAGUAUAUAUAUAUAUUAAAUAAUUAGUAAUAUGUCUGAAAAAGAUAUAUUUUGAUAAAGUAUUUAUAUAUAAUUUAUUUAUAUUACAUACUAAUUGGAUUUUAUUUUAAUUUAAAACAAUUAAUUUGCAAUUAAUAGAUAUUAAAUAAUAAAUCUAGCCAUUAGAAAUAAUGUUUAUUAUUAUAUUUUAAUUUAGAAAAUUAAUUCUCUUUAUCAGACAUCUAAUGAAAAAUUACUAAAUUAACAAUAUAUAUGUAUAUAUAUAAAAUAAGGUAAUUAAAAAGGUAUAAAUAAGGUAAUUAAAGGUAUUAGGUUCAUACCCUGACAGCGUUUUGUACCAUUAUUAAUAAAUAAGUUUCACAGUUAAUAAACAAACGCGUUUAUCGUUUUGUAGAUAUGCGGAUCCUUCUAUUGUUCAUGCCUCUCGCAUUGGCUAAUUGCCACGAAGUGAGGACAGUUUAUUCGUGGAACAACGUCGAGUACAAUUUCCCAGCCACUGUCAAUCCAGACACUCUAAUGUCCGAUGGUGAAUACAUUCCAGAAAAUAACGUGCCACUUGGCAUGGAAAUUUGGGAAGACAAGAUCUUUAUUACGGUGCCGCGAUGGAAGGACGGUGUCGCGUCUAAUCUAAACUACAUUUCGAAGAACGACACGUCAAUAGAAUCUCCGAAAUUGACUCCGUAUCCAAGUUGGGAGAUCAAUCACAUAAAUGUUCCUAACGACAUCGUGAACAUCUUUCGCGUGAAAGUCGACGCGUGCGAUCGAUUGUGGGGCGUCGACACGGGUAUCGAUGAUAUUUUAGGGGCAAGCAGGCAAGUACGACCCGUCAGGAUUUUCGUCAUCGACUUGAAAACGGACAAGAUAUUGAGGGUCUAUCCUCUGAAAAGUACAGACCAAGUGUCUAACUCUUUCUUCGCCGAUUCGGUGGUCGACGCGGAUCCGGACAACUGCGAGAACUCGUACCUCUACAUUUCCGAUCUGAGCGGAUACGGUUUGGUUGUUUACAGUUGGGCCAACAACGAUUCCUGGCGGAUCACGCACAACUUCUUCCACUUCGACCCCCUUCACGGGAACUUCAACAUCAGUGGAUUCAACUUCCAGUGGCAGGAUGGGAUAUUCGGAAUGUCACUGUCCGCGCCGCAAACCGACGGUUACAAAACGUUGUAUUUCCACGCGAUGUCCGGCAUCACCGAGUUCUCAGUGUCCACCGAAGUUUUGCAGGACAGCACGUUGAAGAAGUCGAGCAGCUACGACGCAUUUCGCGUCGAGGGUGAGAAGGGCCCGCUCACUCAAGGGCCAACCUCUGUGAUUGACGCCGGCACUGGUAUCAAUUAUUUCACUCAAGUGAGCAAAAAUGGCAUCGCCUGUUGGGAUACCAGCGUCGAAUUGAACCCAAAUACCUUCAUUCUUGCGGCUCAAGACAACACAACGAUGGUAUUCCCCAACGAUCUGUCCAUCGAUCGGGCCACCAAUACGCUUUACGUGCUCUCUGACAAUCUGCCGCAGCAUAUAUUCUCCCAUUUGGACUCGAAGAAACGUAAUUUCUUCGUUACGGCGGUUAAUCUCGAUUCUCUGACGCAGGCUUGCAAGAAACAGGAUCUUAAACUUAAGCGACGGCUUCCUCACAUUUUAUAAUCAAUUCGACGCGAAUCUCUGUCAAAUCGCAUUAGUUUCACCAGAGUGAUGUGAAAACCAAUUUUCAUAGUGAGGAUAUAAAUUUGCACAACACAAACUGGUUUUCAACUGGUUUUUACCUGAGGCAUUUCUCUGAGUUUCUUCUACUUUUAUUUAUUCACAGAAGUUAUACAAAAGAAUAUAUCCAGAACGAUUACACGUAUUAUGCGAGCACAGCAUCGAAUAUAACAUGCUAUGCAAUUAACGUUGAUUCCAAUCUGUGUUACAGCUCGUUUCUUCUAUCCCUCAGUCAUUUAUCUCAAAAUCCUUUCUCUCUUAGGCUACACGUUGUAUUUACAAGUGAUUUUCACCGAAGUAUUUUAUAAGUACACUUUCGAUUACAUUGGACGGACCUUCUUGAUGUAAAGACACGUAAAGACAGCUGUUUUUUUUUUUCGAGCUUAUUAUAAAAUUAUUUCAGAACAUGGAUUUAUAUGAUAA